AUGGAUGUUAAUCUAACGGCGAUGCUUCGCGCAAGACAACUCUUCACGCUGGUUCGAGGAUUGAAAAGAUAUCCAUUUCCGGCAACUUUUGAAAAUGUUACAUUUCCACCCGAUGGUCAACUCAGAUUAGCCAAGAUGCCCAAAGAGCCGACAUACGAUCCAGAAAAGGGAGAGGAAAAAUACAAGACAUCGAAAAGGACAAUCUGGGGGAGAGGAGUUGAAGAGAUUCACACCGAGUUGGUCCACGAACAAUAUGGGCUAGCCGCUGUUUCUGGAGGAAUGAUUUCCGCUGAUGAUUUUGAUUUCCUACAGGAUCGUGUCAACAAAAAUCUCAUCGAUAAACAGUUUGCGAUUUGGCGAGUGGAUCCUCCAUGGCUACCGCGGACAAAGAAAGCACAGGGUACUCGACUCGGUGGUGGAAAAGGAUCAAUUCAUCACUACGUGACACCAGUGAAAGCGAAACGGAUAAUCCUGGAGAUUGGUGGACAUAUUACGGAGAUUGAAGCUCAAGCUUUUCUCCUUUAUUUAUGCGAGCGCUUCAAGUUUCCCGUCGAAUUUGUGAGUCAAAAAAUUUUGGAGGAACGACGAGUAAAAGAGGACUUCAUUCAAAGACAUAAUCAGAAUCGCUUCAAUUGGGACAUCAUGAUGAAGUAUAAUAUGCAGAACUGCACAAGUUGGCUUUCACCGUACGAUCUCGAAUGGAAAGGAAAAUAUAAA